AUGGCAGAAACUAUGUCUAGUUUCUGGGGUCCAGUUACAUCCACCAAAGAGUGCUGUGAAGAAAAUUAUAUACAUUCGUCUUACAUUGCAGAACUUUAUAACACUAUAUCCAACAUUCCGACAAUCAUUUUGGCUCUGAUUGGUCUUAUAAAUGCUCUAAGACAGCGAUUUGAGAAAAGGUUCAGUGUUCUUCAUUUAUCAAACAUGACACUUGCCAUUGGGAGCAUGUUGUACCAUGCCACACUGCAACGUGUGCAACAACAAGGGGAUGAAACUCCUAUGGUAUGGGAGGUGCUUCUGUACAUGUACAUCCUCUACUCUCCAGAUUGGCACUAUCCCAGUACAAUGCCCAUCUUCCUAUUUUUGUAUGGUGCUGGUUUUGCAAUCGCCCAUUCAGUGUUCCAUUUUGGAGUCGGCUUCAAAGUGCAUUAUAUAGUUCUGUGUCUGCUGUGUACUCCAAGAAUGUACAAGUAUUACAUUCACACUCAAGACGUGUUAGCCAAGCGGCUAGCUAAGCUAUUUUUAGCCACUCUUAUGUUAGGAAGUUUGUUUGGGUUUUGUGACCGUGUUCUCUGCAAUGAGAUAUUGGGCUGGCCUGUUAACCCUCAGGGUCAUGCUUUGUGGCAUGUAUUCAUGGGUUUCAAUUCCUACUUUGCAAACACAUUCUUGAUGUUUUGCCGUGCUCAACAGCGUGAGUGGUCUCCAAAAGUUGUUUAUUUAAUGGGUGUUUUACCUUAUGUGAAGAUUGAGAAACCAAAAAGCCAGUGA